GGCUUAUUGCCAUACGGGGGACGAUAACAGACGAAAAUCAGACAACGACGCGAUAGCAUCGACGACAAAUAACGAGCGAAAAUUCUGUGUUCCGCGAAAAAAAACGAAAACGUAUUAAUUUGUUGGUAGCGCCGCUGUCGUCCGCACAUUCUGUGCUUCCGUGCUCGAUUGAUGUUCGAUGCAUCAACUGUUGGGAACAUCGAUUAACGAUCUUCAGUUGUCCGGACUCGCGCUUUUCGAUACAAUUCUAUCAAUCGUUAUCACCUAAACGAGUGUUUGUUUUCGAUCAUGUUACCAUGUAUAGUUCGGUAAUUGUGCCAAUAGCCGAUAACGCGAUAAUAUAAUGUGGAAUAAUGAUGCCUACGAUAGAAAUGUAAAUUUGAAAAGCGGAAGACCGUCAACAGUUCUUUUGAGAUCCAAAAAAUGUUUCUUGAUUUUCUUGUCGGCGCUCUUUUUAUGUCUGCUCUUCCUGGGAAAGGAACAAGAAACUUUGCAACAGAUAGGGAUCAAGGAAACCUUAACCGUCAAGAAAUAUGAUGGCACCUGGAGAAAUCUAUCCGCAGAAGAGAAAAGUCGAUUGUCUGUACUUGGACGCAUCUUGUUCUUGGAAGAAGACAGGCCACCCCAGAAGGAUCAGCAAUUUUUGGUCCUAUUUUGGAAAUACGGCAAAUUCAUCAAAGACAGGCACUUGAACUACUACACCAAAGAGACGCACAAUCCUCUAGAGGAUUGCUCAGUUAACAAUUGCAAGUUUUCCUUCGACGACAAAGACCUCAAGAGUGCAGACCUCGUGGUCUUCCACCUGCACCGCACCAAGGGGCUUGAGGACCUACCGCCCAAACGGGGCAGAACCGACCAGAUAUGGACCUUCCUGACUGACGAAAGCCCUCACCACACCUUCCUCAAGAGGUCGGUGGACAUCAAACAGUUCAACGGCAAGUUCAACUGGUCCAUGACCUACAGGAUGGACUCUGACGUGCCUGUGCCGUACGGCAGGACCAGAAAAUUAACUGGAGAAGUCCUCGCGAAGAAGACUGAAACGCCCAAGAAGAGAAGAGACAAGCUGGUGACCAUCCUAGGGUCCAACUGCGGGGGCAAGAACCGCAGAUGGGACUACGUGAGGAAGCUAAACAAGUCCAUCGGCUUGGAUGUCUUUGGCCGUUGCGGGAACAAGACGGCAUGUCCUGGGCAUUUCAAAAGCGACUGUCCAGCAAUCGACAACUACCUCUUCUACCUAUCCUUCGAGAAUUCGGACUGCAGGGAAUACAUAACUGAAAAAGUGUUCUGGAAUGGAUACCACAAAAACUCAAUCCCCAUAGUGAUGGGGUACAAUAAGAAGACGUACGAGAAAUUAUUACCCCCAAAUUCUUUCCUUCAUGUAGACGACUAUGCGAGUCCCAGUGAUCUGGCUCGAAUGAUACUAAACCUAAACGAAACUGAGAACUAUAAGGAUUAUUUCCAAUGGAAAAAGAAUUACGAGGUGGUCGACGAACAUGGAUACUUCAAAAGUAAAUCCUACCACCUAUGCAGAAUAUGUGAAGCUUUGAACUUCAAUAAUAGGAUUCCGAAAGUUUAUGAUAAGUUGGAAGAUUUUUGGAAUAAAUCCAAGGAUUGUAGUGAUUCUUGAGUUGUACGAAAAACUUUUCGGAAUCUUAUAUAAAAGUUACUAAUUGUUGCAUACUAUUUGUACAGUAUCCUAAAAUAUGUAAAUAGUUACCAAAGAAACAAAGUUUAUUUGUAUAUAAAUAUGAAGAUA